UACUAAUAAAAGCUCAAAAGGUUCCCCUAACAAUCAAUGAGUGGUUUUGGUUUCUUUUUAUUUUCCUCUCUCCUUCCUCUCCUUAAUACCCAAUUCUUCUUCUUCCUCAAUACACAAAUUUCACUUCCAUUUCCCCAGUCUCUUCUUUUCUUUUCUUUUGUUUUUUCACAUUAAUCUUUUCAAUGGCGUCUGAUAGCUUCACCGACAAGAACGCAGUUUUCAAGAGGCUAAAGGCCAAGUCGGAGAACAAGAUCUGUUUCGAUUGUAAUGCGAAGAACCCAACUUGGGCGUCCGUUUCGUUUGGGAUCUUCCUUUGCAUCGAUUGUUCUGCUGUUCAUCGGAGCCUUGGCGUCCAUAUAAGCUUCGUCAGGUCAAUAAAUUUGGACUCAUGGUCACCGGAGCAGCUGAAAAUGAUGAGCUACGGCGGAAACAACCGUGCUCAGGUGUUCUUCAAGCAGCACGGUUGGAAUGACGAUGGCAAAAUUGAAGCCAAGUACACAUCCAGAGCUGCAGAUUUGUAUAAACGAACCCUUUCCAAAGAAGUCGCUAAAACCAUGGCUGAAGAACCCCCUUGCCCCUCUUCCCCUGUUUCUUCUCACUCCAAUGGCAAUGGCAAUGGCAAGAGCAAUGGUAAUGCCCUCCCAUCAAUCAAAACCACCAAACAAGAAGCCCCUGAAAUUUCUUCUUCUCCAAAAGCCUCUCAUUCUGUUGUUGUCAAAAAACCCAUCGGUGCGAAAAAGACAGGCAAGAUCGGCGGACUUGGCGCUCGGAAGCUUACCACGAAGACGAGUGAGAAUCUAUAUGAUCAGAAACCGGAAGACCCACCGACACCGGUUUCGUCGUCAAUAACAACAAAUGGUACAACGGCUUCAUUGUUGGCUUCUCGGUUCGAGUAUGUUGAGAACGCACAAUCUUCUGAUGUGAGCUCUAAUGGUUCCCCUGUGUUUGGACAUAUUGCUCCACCGAAAUCCUCAAGCUUCUUUGCUGAAUUUGGAAUGGAUAAUAAUCACAGUGGUGUGUAUUCAAAGAAAACGGGCUCAAAUUCCACCAAAAUCCAGGUGGAAGAAACUGAAGAAGCUCGAAAGAAAUUCUCAAAUGCAAAAUCAAUUUCGUCUGCUCAAUUCUUCGGUGAUCAAAACAAAUCUGCCGAGUCAGAGGCCAAGGCUUCAUUGCAGAAAUUUACAAGUUCGUCGGCGAUCUCAAGUGCCGAUCUGUUCGGACAGGGGAUGGAUGAUUCGACUCUGGAUCUCGCAGCAAAUGAAUUCAUCAGCCGGAUUUCUUUACAGGCUUCACAAGAUAUAUCAUCGUUGAAGAACAUGGCGGGGGAGACGGGGAGGAAGCUAAGCUCUUUUGCAUCAACGUUGAUGACUGAUAUUCAAGACAGGAUUCUUUGAUUGCAAAACUCCAUGGACUUAAUCCCCAUUCUUCAAAUUAUACUAUACUAUUCUCAAAUGAAUUUUUCCAACUUAGUGUUUUGUUCUUGUUUAUAUAUAUAUAUAUAUAUAUAUUUUUUUUUUGAGUUCAACGGUGUUGAAGAUUUAGGAUUUGAAGGGUUGAACUUAUGGUGUUUAAGCACAUGUACCUACACUAGUUAAGCUAUGUUCCAUUGAUUUUAUUAUGACUUAGGGUUGGAUGUUAAAGAAAUGUGUAUUACAAAUUUAUUAUUGCCCCCAUUUUCUUUUUGAAACAUAAAUAAACUUAAAACUUCUUUCUUUCUUA